AUGAGUACCAUGGACCAGAACGGUGGGCUGAUCGCCUCAGCUCCACCAGCUAAGAGGCAAGCUUAUCCGAUACCGGGAGGGAAUGGUCAUGAAACUACAUUGGCGACACCUGAGGAAAGGCUCAAACACAUACAGAAUGCCCAGAUGAAGGUUCUCAGUGAUCGUGAUACGUAUGUUGGUAUGCAGUGGAACCCAGUCAAUGAUACACCAUUGGGUAUUGGCACUCAGCCGGAUAGCUACUGUCCCGAGUUGGAUCAGUAUGGUGACGAUGCUGCUAUGAAUGCGGCUCGGUUCCUGCCAAAGAACGUCAGAAACAGAAUCGUUAAGUAUCUUGAAGAUGGAACACUCCGCCCUGGCGAGCUAGAUUUGAAGUGCGUUGUAGUAAUGCAGUCCCUUUCGCCGGAGCUUCUAUUAAAGGUUAUGGACCAUCUAGAUGCUGAUCGGGCAUUUUUCCUAAACGCUCACUCGAAGGCUGGGUUCAUCAUAUCGACCUGUGAUAAGGCUAAGAGGGGGGAGUUGGAUGUUCGUGGCUUUGGAGCGAUUGACCCUUGGCGAGGCCACAUGCGGGAUCUCUGUAUUAGACGCCCUUUGGGGGUGGACCUGUUGUCUGAGGAUGAUUGGAUUACUAGGAAGGGUGAGACUCUAUCACUUCAAAUUAUACAGAGGAUUCCAGCGGCGAUACGUCAUAAGGGCCAAGUGUCGCCUAAUAAUAUCGUCAUUGACGACUUGAGCAUGCGUAUGACGAUUGGGCAAUUGAAGGCUAUGCUGGAGGAUAAGGCUCAGGGAUGGAAGCCUGGUGUGAUGAAGCUCAUUGUGAGGGAGACUGGUGUACUCAAUGAUAACAGUAAGACUAUAGCCUAUUACAAUCUCUCCUCUGGAGAUCGUAUACGCCUGAAACUGAAGAAACGUGGUGGCAUACGUAUUAAUAAAUGUAAUCGAGUUAAGGAGACCAAGAAGAGUCACGCUGAGGAGGGGGAUGAUGAUGAUCAAGUCGAGGAGAAGAAGGAGACUAUACAGAACGACGUACAACAACAACAAGCCAAUGGAGUUAUGGCACCAUCGCCACCACCGCCUCCGAGUGAGUAGUUGGUCCAGUAAGUUAUCGAUUAUCUGGGCGCGCGCUACUUGCAUAGAGGCUAAUAUGGUGUAGAU